AUGGCAGCACUUUCAUUCAGGUCUCAUACUCAAAGUAUGUCAUGUAUUCAAAGCGAUGCUGAACAGUUAAACAAUUAUAGUGGAAAUGACAAUCUAACAGAAGUAUCAGAUAUGCAUACCAAUAUACAUGUAAGUGAAGAGCCGCAUGAAAGUUACAUCAGUGGGAAAGAUUCGACUCAUUCAGAUCAUUUUCGGAAAGAAUUUAUGAAACAAAAUGGUAAAUUUUAUAAAUGUUCUGUGUGUGAAAAGACAUUCCUCCGACCUAGUUCCCUGCAAACACACAUGAGAGUCCACACUGGUGAAAAACUAUAUGAAUGUGGUGAAUGUAAAAAGACCUUCAUUAGAACUAGUUACUUACGGGCACAUAUGAAAGUACAUGAUAAAUCUGAAAAAUGUGAUGUGUGUGAGAAAACAUUCAGCAGACAAGAUUACUUAGAGGCACAUAGGAGGAUACAUACAGGUGAUAAACCUUAUAAAUGUGACGUAUGCGGAAAAGCGUUUGCUGUAUCAAAAAGCCUACGGAUACACAUGAGUAAACAUACUGACAAGAAACCGUAUAAAUGUGACCUGUGUGAGAAGGCAGUCAAACAAUCUAUUACUUUACAGGAAUACAUGAGGACACAUACUGGUGAUAAACCUCAUAAAUGCCACGUGUGUGGGAAGGCAUUCUCUUUAUCAGGAUCAUUUAGGCAUCACAUGAGGACACAUACAGCUGGUAGCUUAACCAGACACAUGAAGACACAUACUGGUGAAAAACCUUUUGAAUGUGAUGUGUGUGGAGAAGCAUUUACUGAGUCGCAUACGUUACGCAGUCACAUGAAGCUACACAUCGGUGACAAAAAUGAUAAAUGA